UUGAUGGUCAUAUUGGCAUUAAAACACCAAAAUUUACAAAAUUAUUAUUAUUUUUUAUUUUUAUUAUUUCUAUUAUUAUCAUAAAAUUAGUAAUCUCUUUUCCUGUUGAAUUUGGUGCUUUUUUUCAUUGUGCCAUUUGGAGAUUUAGGGUUAGGGUCAGAUUUAGGUUUAGAUCUGUUUAAAAUCAGAUUCAACAUUUAAUUUUUUUUCUACUUUAUAAUUUUUAUUUUUAUUGUGGUUUCAAAAUUAGAAAGAUUUUUAUUUUUAUUAUUUUUAUUUUUUUGCCCUGAAAAUCUGGUGUAGUCAAAAGGAGUUUUUUGAGCUGCUUUCAGUGAAGUCAAAUUACAGAAAUCUUUUGGAUCAACAAGAUGCUAAAACCUCGAAUUUAUUGCAACAGUUAUUGCAUUGUUGACAUAAUGUACGCUGAUCUUAGAAGAAUAUAAAGAUUCUUUCUACAGCAGUUCAGAAUCCUAGUUAGGAUGUCAAAUUAGGUACCUUGAGUUGGUCUGCUGAAUUGAUUCUUUAAUUUUUAAGUAUUGAUGGGGACACAACUUAUGAGAGUUUGUGUUAAAGAAGAAAACGAUGAUAUUCCAUCAGUUCCACCAGGUUUCGAGUCAUAUGCAUCUUUUACCUUAAGGACAGGGGCACAAGAUACUAAAAAACACGAGAGUGAUAAUGUAACAUGUUGCUCAGCCUCUGCAAGUACUUCUGAUGCCAGUCCAGUUAAGAAGGAAACUGAGUUGGGCAAUAGUGAAAGCACAAAGACUACAAGGCCUAUGAGGCGUAGACCUUGGAUAAACUAUGGUCAAUAUGAUAACAGUUCAGAAGAUGAGCCUGAUUGUGGAAAGCUUGAUCAAAAUAUAAGAUUGAGACUUAAUCUUCCUAAAGGUGUUAUCCGCGGAUGUCCAGAGUGUAAUGAUUGCCAAAAGGUAACUGCAAGAUGGCAUCCAGAAGAAGCACGUAGGCCAGAUCUCGAGGAUGCACCUGUGUUCUUCCCGACAGAAGAGGAGUUUGAAGAUACUUUGAAGUAUAUAGCCACUAUACGACCACAAGCAGAACUAUAUGGAAUCUGUCGUAUUGUUCCUCCAUCUUCUUGGAAGCCCCCUUGUCCUCUUAAAGAAAAGAAUAUGUGGGAAAAUUCUAGAUUUGCUACUCGUGUGCAGAGGGUUGACAAGCUUCAGAAUCGUUUUUCAAUGAGAAAAAUGUCAAAAGUUAAUAACAAUAUAAAGAGGAAAAGGAGAAGAUGCAUGAGAAUGGCUGUAGACUAUAGGUCUGAUAGUGGAAGUAUCUCAGGGUCUGCUGAUUCUGGAAUUUGUGAAGUAGAGAGUUUUGGGUUUGAACCUGGUCCAGAGUUUACUCUGGAUAAAUUUCAGAAGUAUGGAGAUGAUUUCAAGGCCCAGUACUUUAGGAGGAAGGAAAAUGAUAUAGAUAUGGAAGGUAAAAUGACCACUCUUCUGGAGCACCAUGAACCUUCAGUUGAGAAUAUUGAGGGUGAAUACUGGCGGAUAGUGGAGAAAGCAACUGAGGAAAUAGAGGUCUUAUAUGGCGCUGAUCUGGAAACUGGGGUUUUUGGCAGUGGAUUUCCUAAGAAGUCCAGUCAAGUUGGAUUUCCUUCCAAUGAAAAGUACAUAAAAUCAGGCUGGAACUUAAAUAACUUUCCCAGGCUUCCUGGAUCUCUUCUCUCUUAUGAAAGCAGUGAUAUUUCUGGGGUUCUGGUUCCCUGGUUGUAUGUGGGAAUGUGCUUUUCCUCCUUUUGUUGGCAUGUUGAAGAUCACCACCUAUACUCCCUGAAUUACAUGCAUUGGGGUGCUCCGAAAUUUUGGUACGGUGUCCCAGGAAAGGAUGCUUCUAAACUGGAGGGGGCUAUGAGAAAGCAUUUGCCUGACCUUUUUGAUGAGCAACCUGACCUGCUUCACAAACUGGUCACUCAGCUGUCCCCUUCCAUACUAAAAUCUGAAGGGGUACCUGUCUAUCGGUGUGUUCAGAAUGCCGGAGAGUUUGUUCUGACCUUCCCUAGAGCAUAUCAUGCAGGGUUCAACUGUGGUUUCAAUUGUGCAGAGGCAGUAAAUGUAGCUCCCGUUGACUGGUUACCCCAUGGACAGAUUGCUAUUGAGCUAUAUCGUGAACAGGGAAGAAAAACUUCCAUCUCACAUGAUAAAUUGUUGCUAGGAGCAGCAAGGGAAGCAGUCAAAGCCCACUGGGAGCUCAAUUUAUUGAAGAAGUAUACUUCUGAUAACUUAAUGUGGAAAGAUGUGUGCGGAAAGGAUGGAGUCUUAUCUAAAACUCUUAAGACACGUGUUGAGAUGGAGCGUCUGAGGAGGGAAUUUCUUUGCAGUUCCUCUCAGGCUGUGAAAAUGGAGAGCAAUUUUGAUGCUACCAGUGAGAGAGAAUGCAGUAUAUGCUUUUUUGAUUUGCACCUUUCUGCAGCUGGUUGUCAUUGCUGCCCUGAUAGAUAUGCAUGCCUGAAUCAUGCAAAACAGUUUUGCUCAUGUGCUAGGGGUGCUAAAAUUUUCCUCUUUCGCUAUGACAUAAAUGAAUUAAAUAUCCUUGUCGAGGCAUUGGAAGGAAAACUAAGUGCAAUAUAUAGGUGGGCAAGACUAGACCUUGGACUGGCCCUGAGUUCAUAUGUCUCUAAGGACAAUAUACUAGGUGGUAGAUUAUCCCUUGCUCUGGAAGGAACACCUAAAGAGGUGCAAUCAAAAUCAUCAGUCAUUUCCUUCAAAGACUUGCCAGGAGAAGAAAUUUCGAAAGAAAAGCCCUUGAUUUUAACUCGGAUCUCUGCUAAGAUGUUAUUGCAACAAAGAAAUGAACUAUCAGAGGCUGCAUGGCCUUCAAAAGAUCCAAAUUCUAAGUUGAAGAAAGAGGAAUCGAUUCUUUCUGCUUCCAACUUAAGCAUGCCUGGAGGCCAAGCUUCUGUCGAAAGUAGAAUGAAGAAACCUUCGGCUCCGGCAGAUGAUAAUAUUAUUCUUCUUAGUGAUGAUGAAGGUGAUGAACCAAAGAGGCCAGUUUCAGAAAGAUCAAAAGAACAUUCUAUUACAAAUCUGUCGGAAGCCUCACUGAGGCUGGAACCAUCAGCUGAAAAAGUAAGCACAUGUAAUUACAAGAAUGAGCCUAUCUUAACUACCCCUCUAUCUGAUGCUGCAGUUAUGAACCAAAGGGAUGCCAGUUCCCCUGAUGUACAGAGGAAUACUUCAUCUCAUUAUUCGCAACUAAAAGAUGAACGUGCUGGAAAUGGUAUCACAUUGUUAGGAUCUAAUCCCCAGAAUAUUUCUUGUCAGUUAGAUUCUGCCACUGCAGAAUCUGGUAGAAUUGUUCAGUAUUCUUCUAAUACUAGAGGGAUGGAUAAUAGCAAGAAUAAUCUGGUGACUGUUGAAAGCAACCUUCAGAAUCUGCUGCCAUUGGGCAGUGAAAAAGCUUAUGAGGAUAAACAUGAGAAUGUGGGAGCCAUUGCCUCUGCAAAUUUAGUUGAAGAUGCAAGAACUGUUAUAGGAGGCCCUUCUUGCUCUCAAAAUAAUCUGGACAGAAACAUCCGGCAGAAAGGUCCUCGCAUUGCUAAGGUGGUGCGUAGGAUCAACUGUAAUGUUGAGCCUCUGGAAUUUGGAGUUGUGCUUUCUGGGAAGUUAUGGUGCAACAGCCUGGCCAUUUUUCCUAAAGGAUUUAAGAGCCGGGUUAGGUAUAUAAGUGUUCUAGAUCCAACAAAUAUGGCAUACUAUGUCUCAGAAAUUCUGGAUGCGGGGAGGGAUGGACCUCUGUUCAUGGUUUCUGUGGAGCAUUGUCCCAGUGAAGUAUUCAUUCAUGUUUCAGCUGCCAGAUGCUGGGAGAUGGUGAGGGAGAAAGUGAAUCAAGAGAUCACGAAGCAGCAUAGACUAGGAAGGACAAACCUUCCACCAUUGCAGCCACCUGGAAGCCUUGACGGCUUCGAGAUGUUUGGUUUUUCUUCACCAGAAAUUGUGAAGGCCAUUGAGGCAUUGGAUCGAAAUCGAGUUUGUAUGGAGUAUUGGGACUCUCGGCCUUACUCACGGCCUCAAGUGCAGAUUCUACAACAUUCUCAGUUCCCUGAUAAUGUUGGGAACGUACUUACAACAUCUGGGGAACAAUACAAUGCAGGGGCUCCUGGGACCAAUUGCUUGCCUGGUGGAGUUGACACACUUCUCAGAGGCCUAUUCAAGAAGGCGAACUCCGAAGAAUUACACUCACUUUGUAGCAUUUUAAGUAACAAAAGGCCACCCAUGGAUCUAGACCUGGUGGUUCGACUCCUUAAUGAAGAGAUUCACGGUCGUCCUAGAUGAUUGAAUUUUUUGGUCACGCACAUUCGAGAUCAAAUUCUUGAGUUCCUACCUUUUUUCAUCUCUGUAAAUUACCAGUGUCCUGCUUUCACGCUUCACAUACAACUGUCAUUCAAUCCGUCAUUCUUUCAAGUAGGAGAAGAGUGAUAACAAUAGGUUAUUUUGCUGUGGGAUAUGUGCAUACUGACUAUUUGUAGCAUAAAAAGUCCAGAAAUUGAACUGGUAGAUUCUCACAACCUCUUUUCAUUUCGCGUCUGGUCCUGAGUUAGGGGUACCCAUAUCCGCAUCAACAAUUUUUUUUUUGAUCUUGGGUUGUAGCUUAGUUUCAUACAAUGUUAAUAAAAACAAAGCUCCUUCUAACUCA